AUAUUUAUCAUGAAUUAUAUUCAAAAGGAAACAUGUAAUAUUUAAAUAUUUCAAAUCGCAUAUUAGCCACUUAAAUUUUAGUCAUCUGGUUAAAAGCUCCCCUUAUCAAUAUUGAUUUUCGGUUAUCACAGACGUUUGACAGUAAAGCAGAAGGGUGGUGAGAGUGGAACGCGGUUCGCGGUGAUAUCAGGGGAUGAAUUAAGCUGACAAUGCUCCAUUCAGCCAUUCAUGAUCCAAAACAAAUAGCUGGGAACACAAAAAUGUUUUUUUAAUAAUAGCGUGAAGAGCUAAUAAAAUAGCAGGCUACUUACUGAUAGCUUAUUUAUGGAUGACAGUGGUUUUGAUAGUGAUCCAAAACGACAAAUAAUCGAGGAUGAUCAACUAUUUCCGGUUAGCGACAGUUCAUCAAGUAGCGCUGCAACAAUUAAUUCAACACCAAGGAAGAGUAACAGAAGCAGAGAGUUACAGAAAAAAUUGGAAAGACGUAUCGAGCAAGCGAAAAAGAUACAUAGUAAACAAGAGGCGAAAAAGAGUCCAUCUCUAAUUCCAAUUCAGAGACUUCCGAUACCUGGCGGAAGACCCUUACCAAACAUCAAAGAGCAGCAUCCACUGGUAAACUGGGAUUCAGAUGAGAGUGAAGAAUUGGACUUUUUCCCGGUGUCUAGAACUCGAGACUCCAAGCAAGAGUUGACCGACACAUUUAGCAUAGAAGACUUUGAACUGACACCAGAAGAGGACGAUCUGGAUCUUCGUCCACCAAAAACAAUGAACUUGUGUUGCAAUUGUCGUAACUAUAAAUUUAAAUGUACAAUAUUAUAAGAUUUUUUUAUCUGCGAUUUGGGCCGAUAAGUUAAUGAUAACGAAUUAUUGGUUUUUCUACAAGUAUUGUGACUUUGUAUAAAUAAUCGAUUUUGAUUCACUCGAUAUCGCAUGACAAAUCCGAAAUAUUCAUCUUCUAAUAAUAAAAAUUCGUAAAGUUACAUAAAUAUCAUGACAAAAAAACACAUUUACACGAAUCGAGAUGACGUAGCUUUAGUGAUUUUGAGCUUGCUGUAUGAAACAACAAUAAUAGUUGGAUUCUCUUGAUAUUUGAGAAGUGAAUUUUACAAUUAAAAAAACGAGAACUGGAGCCUAUUAAGAAAAUAGCAUCUACAAUAGAAUCGAUUUUUCAAAUUUAACUAACAUAAAAUUGUUAUACUUGAAUAAUAGAGAAUAAUAAUGAUCUCUAUUUUGAGCUCAAGUAAAAUUUAUCAAAACCACCAUCUUGGGAACAACAUAUUGAACAAAAUAUCUGUAAAUGUUUAUGCUAAAAUUAAUUGCUGAUUUUAACAAGGUUAUAAUCUGGUGUUAUAAUUUGGUUUCAAUUAUGUUGCGUAGUCCACAAGUUGGAGCAGAAUUACUACCCCUCAAUCAUAUUACUAUUCCUAAUUCAGGUGAUUCAAGUAAUUUGAUAAAAUCAUUCGAUGUUAGAAAAUGCUAUUCAUAACUUGAGAAUAAUAAUAUUUCCUGUAGUUUUUUAAGCUUGAUAUAAAUUCGUGAAUAUUCAACUAGGUAUACUGUGGUACUUUUCUGUAAGUUGUGCAAUUCUGAAUGAUUGAAUGAAUAAAUAAAUUUAAACCUUGAAAUAUAACAUCUAUGAAAAUGAUGAACUAAAAUAACAGUGGGGUGUACCACACCCCACAGCCGACAGUUUCCUUUGCAGACUGAGCACUAAGCAGUAGCACACUGACAGUAAAGGCUGAUUUACACAGUGCCAGUCGGCUUGCCAGCUGUUAAGGUAGCCAGUCACUGGGUGCCAACUACUGGCACUGUGUACACGGAUCACGCCAGUAACUGGAGAAGCCAGCAAGCCAAGGACGCGCCAGCAGCUGGCAGUUCUAGCACAACAAAUACUGUUUUACUGGCGCGCCAGCUUCCCCCUCUACCGCGUAACCUCAGUGGCGCCAGCCGACAGACACUGUGUCAACGGCAACAGUCGCCUGCCAGUCUCAGUCACUGGCCGGAACAAUAGCAACGUGUUUAGUAGUAUUGUUUGUAAAUUGGCUAAUAAGUGACUAAGUUUAAUAGGUUUCUGCCAAUUUUUAAAAAAAAACCAAGUCUUCACAUAAACCACGCUCGCUGUGGAACUACCCCAACACAUCCGACUUGUUCCAGUAGCUGGCAACGUGUAAACAGGGUGCCGCUUUUAAGCUUUGAUAUUGACUGGAAGGUCACUGGCGGCAAGCGGCGACUGGCAUGCCAGCCACUGGCUCGUGUAAAUCAGCCUUUAGUGCCAAUGGGGCAAAUACAUAAGAAUAACAUAAAUUGAAUUUACAUAGAUGUCAAUAUCCCAAUACUUUGUUCUAAAGGAGGAAUAACUCAAAUAAAAAUUGUUGGGGUUUGGUGAACCCCAGUGUUUUGUUUAAAGGUAAAGAGUAGUUGGUACUAUUUUGACCUAGUCAAUAAUGUGUUCACUCACUAACUUUGUGUCAUUAAUUUUUCAGUGCAGAUUCAGCUCAAAAUAAAAUAAAGUUUUUUCAUUGAGUUAUCAGUUAUUAACAAUAAAUUUAUGCACAGCCUAAAGCUAAAACUUGGUGUGAAACUAUGCUGUUUGAUAAAAUGUAAGCUUCCUGCAAGUGAUUCCAUAGCACAACGAAAAUAAAAAGAUCAAUAAAACGUAAUGCUAAAUAUGUUAUUACGCUCUUGUAGAUUUUAUAGCAGUAAAUAUUUGUAUAUCAGUAAAUAUUUGUAUAGCAGUAGUUUGUGACUUUGAAGUUUCUACAAGUGAUCAAUGUUUUUUUAUUGUAUCGCAUGUGUUAAGUUUGUGAUGGAAAUUUGUAGUGAUGUAAUAAAUUUUCAAAGUUAA